CCCUGAUGGAGAGCUGAGCCAGAUGAAAAAGCUGGUGCUGAUGAACUUGUGAGGAAAACAACAAACAGAUGAAGCAGACAGACACACAGAUUGUCUUUGAGCUUAAUGACUUCCAGAUGAAACACACACAUUCCGGCCUCAAAGAGGGAGGAGAAAUAGUCAGAAGAGCAGAAACAUAAUGACGGCCAUCCGGAUUCUGUCCGUGUCUGCGCUGAUGUGUCAGAUGUCCAUCACUGCGUCCCUGCACUGGAGGAAAGCUUUGUACCCAUCAGCCUUCAGAGUGAAGCGAGGGACGCCAGCCCUGCUCAACCCCUCCUUUCAGAAAUCUGUGGAAGACGCCAACCUUCUCUAUGAGGUGUUGUUGUCGGGCGCAUACAUGGACGCGGCACGCGGGACGCUCCACAUAUCCGAUCAGGAACUGGCAUCCAUGCGGAAGCUGGAGAUUCUGGAGGUCCUGUGUGAGGACGUGCUUCCCAGAAGCCUCUCUGAGAUCCAGCGGCUCGGUGCCCAGCUGGCGCUCCGCCGUGGCUCACUGCGGAUGGAGGACUUUGAGCGCACCGUCCUCACUAUGGUGUUUACGGCACAACAACUCCAACAUACCAACCCCGGCCACCAGAGGGAGCUGUGGGCGAACUCACUCAUACCACUAUAUAAAGCCAUUAAAGAAGACCUGCGGCCAGUGUCAUGACAAAUCAGGUCUCCCCAUACUGUCAGUUAAUGAUUAUCCUAAGUAGCCUAUAUAGGAAUGAUAUUCAUUUAAAAUACACAUAUAGCUUACUAUAUAAUGCAUAAGAAAACAAAUAAGUGCAUAAUAAAACCAACUGAAUGUAAUUUCUUACACUUGAUUACCUGCUAAUUAAUAAAUAAUGAUUAUAAUAACAUAUUAAGUGAAUAAUCAUUCAUUUGUUUUAUUUAUAACUGAAAUAUUUGGACAUUUAACACUUAAUUUAACACAUAAUUACAUUAAAGAUGAUUGUGAAUACAUGUAAGUACAAAUGCGUGUAUAAACUAAGCUAUCAGGCUAAUUGUGUAUCUGUAUGCUAUGCUAGUACAUAAGCUAACUAAUACAGACAUAAAUGGCCAUUAUAACAUAUAGCAUAUAGCAUUUAUCAUAACAUGAUUUUGUAGGAAUUGUAUACAGGCACUACAAGUACCUAUGGGAUCUCGUGGGAUGUCCCGAUUUUCGGGAGACCCAAUUUGUCACAAGGAGUGAGAAUAAAGCUACAAUUGAAAUCAUA